AUGGAAGCUACAGAUGUUAAGCCAGAAAUUGAGAUCAGAAUUGAUGCUUCCAUCAUCACCAGGAAAGAACAAAACGGCUGCCAACCUAAGGUUGACGAGCCAUCAGAGUCUACCAUUUUAACUAGGACCCAUGCAGGCUACUUCAGGAUAAGCUUGUCUUUUGGAGCACAAGCUUUGCUUUGGAAGAUCCUGAGUGAGCCUAACAAUAAUGGUUCACAAGAAGUCUGGCACGUAUUUCGUGUGCUUCCUUCAACUGCUUUUCUUUUUCUAUGGUGCCUUGCUCUUUUGAUACAAAUUUCCCUCUCUCUUAUCUAUCUUCUGAAAUGUUUCUUUCACUUUAACAUGGUGAAGGAAGAGUUCUUGCACUACAUAGGAGUAAACUACUUGUACGCUCCUUGGAUUUCAUGGCUUCUGUUGCUUCAAUCGUCGCCGAUAUCUGUUUCAAAGAUCGUUCCCUAUUUUUCUCUUUGUUGCAUCUUUGCUGUUCCUGUUGUGAUGCUUGAUAUAAAACUCUAUGGACAGUGGUUUACAACAGAGAAGAAGUUCCUAUCCACGCUUGCAAAUCCGACUAGCCAGCUAUCGGUAAUAGGAAAUUUGGUGGUUUCAAGAGCAGCAGCUCAGAUGGGGUGGAAAGAAAGUGCAGUCUGCAUGUUUUCUCUUGGCAUGGUGCAUUACUUGGUACUCUUUGUCACGCUUUACCAACGCUUAUCGGGUGGGAAUAACUUUCCUGCACUUCUGAGGCCUGCAUUCUUCUUGUUCUUCGCUGCACCAAGCAUGGCAAGUUUAGCUUGGAACUCCAUUUCAGGAGCAUUUGAUACUGCGUCAAAGAUGCUGUUCUUUCUUUCUCUGUUCCUCUUCAUGUCUCUGGCUUGUAGGCCAGCGCUUUUCAAGAAAUCACUGAGAAAAUUCAAUGUUGCGUGGUGGGCUUAUUCCUUCACACUAACAUUCUUGGCACUCGUUUCUGCUGAGUAUGCAAAAGAGAUUAAAGGCCAUAUAGCAUCAGGAUUGAUGCUUGUCUUAUCAGCACUCAUUCAUAUUGAAUGGUCUUCCACUCUUCCAAUGGAUUCUACUGAUAUUCAUCAGCAAGAAGCUUCAUAUGUUUUGCUCGCUUGA